AUGGCCUCCCUUUUCAGGCCCCUGCAGUUGGUGGCGGUGGUGCAACAGGAAGGAGCCAAGUACUUGUGGCAGGAGCGCUCCGGCCGCCCAGCGUUCCAUGGUUGCCUGGCAACCCUGGCCGGGGACGUUCCACGGUUGCAGAGGCGGCUCCACGCUGGGGCGCAGCGGAGGGAUGUUCGGCGCGGCCUCGGGGCCACGGGAGUGAUAAAAAUGGCUUCCGUUCCUGAGAGACCAGGACCUUGGUUGAAGGAUCAUUGUGAUUACCUGCUAGAUUCUAUUGAUGCUCAACUCAGCCAACUCCAGGAACCCAGCGGAAUAAUCAAGGGCAGCAAUGACAGUGGGAAGGCUUCUCUCAAGAAAACUGGGGGCACUAAUGCCACGGCAGAUCUGGGCGGAUGCUCUGGGGUCAGGGACAGAGAGCCCUCUCCGGGGGAAGACCCGUCCUCUUGGGAAGAGGAUUGUGCCUGGUGGCCUGUGUGUUUCCUCGACUUGGGGGCCGCCCUAGGAGACAGGAGCAGAUCGGACUCUGUUUGCACGGAAGACUUUGCGGCCAAGUUUAACGAGGUCCUGGUGGAUCCCCUGCCCGGCUCUAAAGAGGAGAGCAGCGCCUUGGCUCUUGACUCGGGGCCUCUAAAACGCGCUGCUCGAAAUCCGGUUAAUACUUCUUCGCCUUUUGCGGACUGCGAAGCGGCCUCGGAUUCUCUCUCGGUAGAUUCAGCAAGAAAGCGAGGAAUCGCCCAGUUGCCUAAGGGAGGGUCUGAGGAGGAAUGGGACCAGGAGAAGGAUUUGGCCGGCAGAUCGAGAGAUGCUCCACUGUUGUGUAUUCCGUGCAGAAUUAAGAGCGCAGAGUCUCUAGGAGAGCAGGUCUCAUGGCUUAGUCGGAAGUGGUCCAUGGAUGAGACAUGGAAGAGGGUUUUUCAGCUCAGGCCUCUGAGUUCUGGGGAGGGGUCUCUGGGCUCGGAGAUCUCUCCACGAAGCAUCUUCCUGGGGCCACAGCAGGAGCAAAGGGGUUCAGAGGACUCCUUUGAGUGGGUUCAGGAUGCUCACGAAAAUACAGAGAGCCCGUUGCUCCUUGAAGACUUGAGGCCUUCUCAGCUGCUCCCAGCGUUUAACGUAACAACUGUUUUGGAUGGUGGGUCCCCAUCUGUAGGGACAGCGGGAUGCGGUCACCCCGAGGAGCGGUCCAGCUGCUCAAGGGGUUCGUUGGAUGUGGCCUGCCCGUGCACCAUCAGAGCAUCUUUGGUACCCUCUAAUGAAGAGGAUGGAGCCACCGGCCUCAGUGUCGAGAAGAGCCUCUUGCCGCCGCAGCGGGAUUUGCUGAGGUCCCCCGGUUGCAGUGAUGGAGGCAGCAAAGAGGAAGAUGAGGAGUUUGCCGGGUUAUGUGGGGCCAGCGAGUCAUGGACGUGGGAUCCGAGCAGAGGAUCAGAACCUGGUCGGAAGAGAGCUGAGCUAGGAGGCUACAGAAACUUUGAGGAGUUGGAAUUGGAAGAAGAAAAAUUGUCGCAGAAAAGGGCCCAGAUCCGUGAAGCUGACAUGUCCCUGCAGAGCGUCCUCCAGCAGAAAAAGCAUGUCGCCCUGGAGCUGGAGACUUUUCGGGAGGCCCUGGAGAAGAGCCAGAGGGAGGCGAAGAAACUGCAACUGCACAUGGAAGAGAAGCGGAGCCAAGCGGAUCAAGCCAGGGCUGAUCUGUUGCUGCUGGAGUACAAGCGGGAAGCCUGCUUGAGGGACUUGCUGGCGCUGGGGCAGGAGCUGAGCAUGCUGAGGAGCCAGCAUGGGGCUGCCCAGGCAGAUGUGUCUCGGUUAGCCACUGAGAGGGCGGAGCUGAAGUUGCAGGUGAGCCAACUGGAAGGCAAGCUGUCUUCUUUGAAGCAUCAGCUGAAUUCCUCUACAGUAGAGCUUGCCUCUGUGAAGGAAACCCCAGGGCAAGGAGCAGAACCACUGCAGGAGGUAGGAACGCUUGGCAGGCUCUGGGCUCAUGCCAUUGGACCUUGGCAGCCAUCUUUAAGGCCCAGUCACCGGGGUUGCUAAGCUAGGGUUGCCAUACGUCUGGAAUUUCCCAGGCAUAUUCAAAAUACUGCAGUCGGAAGCAGUAUUUCCAGGCGGAAACCCUCAAAAUGUCCGGGAAAUCUGGACCUAUGGCAACCUAUGUCGGACAUGUCGUUUUGGGCGUUUUCCCUUAAAAAUAGCCCAAAACAAUAU